GGCAGCUGUGAAGAGGUGUUCCAGGCCAGGAAAACGGCUCUGCGUUCCACGUUUCGUCUGCAUUCCUUGUGUUUGCAUCAGAAACGCCAUGUUUAUGUCACCCUUAUAGUUUUCUACUGGGUUAUUGUCCUGGGACUGGGUUGACCACGCCAUAUUUUACUCCUGUUGCCAUGGAACCCCCUUUCUGGGGUGUUUGGGAUCGUUGUCUUGUUGGAACCUCCAUUUUAGAUUAUUUUCUCUUCAGCGUAAGGCAAGAUGACCUCUAUAUGUGUUUUGAUUUAUUCAAACUGAUCCAUGAUCCCUGCUGGGUUUUAAAAUCGGCCCAACACCGUGAUAGCUAAACAAACAUACAAAAGCACCAAAAAGAUAAUAUAGAAGAAAAAAAAACACAAUUUAGGAGGAUCAGGAACUAAGGAAACACAGGUUUUUGCUCGACAAAUAUCCGUUCGGGUCAGUGACAGGAUGUCCAGGAAAACCACCUGGAGGAACACGGCCAGUGACGCCGUGAGCCUCCAUCAGGACCAAGCCCUCAGCACGACCAUGUUACUGCUCAGGUCCUUUGGCCCGGCUGCGUUUCUGCUGAGAGAGGACGGAGAGACGCGGAGCUUUAAGGUGUGCCUGGGCGAGCCGCAUACAUGCACCUGUCCUGCGUUCACCAAGGAGCAGCAGCCGUGCAAACACAUCUGCUGGCUUUUUCUGCGGAAGUUCAGGCUACCCAGAGAGCACGAGUAUGCAUUUCAGCUCGGGUUAUCGGAGCGACAGCUGUUGGAGGUGCUCCAGGGUUUACACCUGGCUGAAGCCCGCCGGACGGAGCUCGACGCCUCUGCUGCUGCUGGGAACCCCGGCCGAAACGUUCCAGGCCAGGAGGUUGGAAGCGUCUGCCGGAAAGUGAUUCAGGCCCAGGAUGUGUGUCCGAUCUGUCAGGAGGGGCUGCUGCUGAAAAAACAGCCUGUGUCUUACUGCAGGUUCAGCUGCGGUAACAGCGUGCACAUCUCCUGCAUGAAGAUGUGGGCCGACCACCAGAGGCUGUCAGACAGUCAGGAGAUGCUGAAGUGCCCCCUGUGCAGGGAGGACUUUAGUUCCCUGAAGCUGCUCCAGGAGCAGGUGAAGAAUGCAGCCAAGCUCUUCACCGCUGCAGAAAGAGAGAAACCAGACAGACACCUGGGAGUGCUCUGCUGCAGCUGCCGAGUCUGCCCCAUCACUGGGACCUGUUUCAAAUGCACCAUCUGCAGUUCUUUGUAUCUGUGUGAGAACUGCACGAGGAAAGGCUGCCACUCACAACAUCCACUUGCUUUAAGAGCAACAAGAAAAGAAAAGUGGAUUCUUGUGGCUGCAGGCUCCACCGGAGAUCCAAAACCACAAGAUGAAAGCACUGUUGCAGAGUUUUUUGCAGACAGCGUGUUAGAGGGUCUGCCAGCAGUCAAAGUGAGGUCAGGCUCUCUGCUGCUGAAUGAGGGGAUGCAGUGUCGGAUCUGCCUGGAGAGUUUUAGACUGGGUCAACAGGUCCGAACUUUGCCCUGUCAUCACAAGUUUCACAUGGACUGCGUGGACCAGAUCCUCCUGAGGUCAAACUCAUGUCCCUUGGAUGGAUAUGUCAUAUUCAGCCAGAAGACAACUGAUAGGAACACAUCUCCUAAGUCCAUCUGUACCAAGAAGCAGGAAAUUGACUUAAAGGACCUGUUUGUUCCUGGGAUACCAUUGCACGCUCAAAGUGCUAGACCCUCUCCUGCAUGUGGAGCUCUUAACUUGGAGGUACUACUGGAUACCUUGCCUUUUAGUCAUCCAAUACAGAAGUCUUGCGCAAGUUCCGCCAAAAAGACACGAGACAACAAGGCUGCAAGGCGAACUAAAGUGCACCUGAAAGACAUGAACGAGGUAAAAGCAGCCACCUUGGAGCUGAGGAUGACUGGAGUUUCAAUAAACACUCAAAUGUAAAGGCUUA